CUUUCUUUGAUUUAAACUACCGCACCAAUCACCAUUGAUACGUCAACCUUCACUUGAAUCACAUUUACUACCCCUUAAUUUGAGCUCCUUUUAUUUCUUCAUUUCUUUGCUUGAAACCAACGAAUCACCAUAUACAUCAACAUCACUUCCUUAUACCCUUCAAUUUUACCACUUAAUUUUUAUCCUUCCUUUCUUCUUAUAAUCUUUUGCUUGAAAACCAUCAAUCACGAACAUGGAACUAGGGUAUACCGCACCACCAGUAAUUGUAGGAUAUGAGGACGAAGCGGAAACGCUCCUCAACCGACUUUUAGGAGGACCAAAAGAAUUAGACAUUGUACCUAUAGUCGGAAUGCCCGGGUUGGGCAAGACGACUUUAGCUACAAAACUAUAUUCUCAUGAAACAGUAAUCCAGCAUUACGAUGUCCGUUCAUGGUGCUGUAUUUCACAAGUAUAUGACCGGAAAGAGGUAUUAUUAGGGUUUUGGAGAGAACUCGGUAUUCUGAAUACUGCAAAAAAAGAAAAUGAUCAUACUGAAUUAGCUGAUGAGCUACGUAAUUUUUUGAAAGGAAACCGUUAUCUCAUUGUGGUAGAUGAUUUGUGGAGUAUUGAUGCAUGGAAUGAUUUACGUACAAUUUUCCCCGAUGAUAACAAGGGAAGUAGGCUUGUUUUGAUUACUAGGCUCGACGAAGUAGCUUCCUAUGUCUCAACUAAUCCUCAUCAUCUUCGAAAUCUUACAGAAGAUGAAAGUUGGGAGCUAUUGCAGAAAAUAGUAUUUGAGGAUCAGGAACGUUGUCCCCAUGAGCUUGAAGAGAUAGGAAAUGAAAUGGCAAGAAAUUGUUCUGGAUUACCUCUUGCAAUAGUUUUGAUAGCCGGACUUCUCACGAAACGAGAAAAGGAAGAAGGUUAUUGGAAAGAAAUCGCUCUUAAUUUGAGUACAAAUGUUUUUCAUGAUGUGAAAUGGUUAAUGGAGAUAAUCGAAUUGAGUUACGAAGAUUUGCCACUUCAUUUGAGACCAUGUUUUCUGUACUUUGGAACAUUUUCUGAGGAUGCACAACUUCCAGUACAUAAACUGAUACAAUUAUGGAUAUGUGAAGGAUUUAUACCAUAUAAUGAGUUGAAGAGCAUGGAUGAUGUUGCAACUGAUUACUUGAUGGAUCUUGUUGGGAGAAACCUAGUCAUGUUUGCAAAAACAAGUUAUUACUUGCGUAGACCCCAACUCGUUGGUGUUCAUGAUCUUUUACAUCAAUUUUGCAUGGUAAAAGCUGCAGAAGAAAUUCAUUUACGACGGUUUCGCGGAUCUCAAACGUAUGAUUAUGAUCAACCUCAAGUUGCAACCGAUAUGCCUUCUCGACUUGUUGUUGAUCGCUCAAAUGAUUUUAUGAAGUGUGAAGGUAUUCAUUCGUUGCGCUUCACUUACUAUACUUGUAUAAACCCUACCAAGCUCUUUCAAGACUCCUUCGAAGCUUUCAAAUUACUAACUGUAUUGGACUUGGAGAAAGUCAAUGUUGGCAAUUCAUUUCCAUAUAGAAUUGUGUUCUUGAUUUGUUUAAGGUACCUGGAGAUAAGUGGUGAUUUUGAGGAAAUUCCAUUAGAUAUAAGUUGUCUUGUCAAUCUAGAGACAAUGAUUAUCCAUUCUAAUCCUAUCGAGGUUUGCACGAAGUUACCAUACACCAUAUGGGAUCUUGUUAACUUGAGACAUUUGGAAGUUUACGGAUGGUUUCCAGACUUUGAUGAAAUUUCACAAUUAGAAAAAUUAAGAAAUUGUUACGGAUUUCUAAUUUAUCUUUCUCGUGAUAUGCCUAUUAUCGCUAAUGGACUAUCUAAUGUUGUAAAUUUGAAAUGCACGAUUGGUGAUUUGGACUAUGAUUCGGAUGAUGAUGAUGAAAAUGCCUAUGAUUCAGACGAUAGUAGGUUUUGCGAACCAAUUUUUCAGUCUUUAGAUCGACUAGAAUCACUUUCGUUCAAGAUUGAUACACAACGUGCACCUUUGCGACGAGCAAUUGGAUUUCCAUCAAGUCUAAGAAGAUUAGAACUGCUUCUUUUCCCGUUUAGUGAUCCUUUGAGAAGUUUUUCGACUAUUGGAGAGCUACCCAAUCUCGAAAUAUUUAAUAUAUACAGCUGCUUCUUUUAUACGAGCAAAUGGGACGUUGAUGACGGAGAAUUUCCUAAGCUUAAAGUGUUGAAAAUCUUUCUCAUGGAUGAUAUUGAAUGGAAUGUUUCAGCUAAUGCUUUCCCGAGCCUCCAGCAAAUAUGUUUGAGUUAUUGUAGAAAUGUAGAGAUACCUUCUAGUUUUGGGUGUUUGAAUUCACUAAAGUUUCUUGACGUGCACUGUUGCUGCAAAUAUUCUACGGAAGGUGAUAAUAGAACAACUGAGGAAUCUGCUAUGAGAAUUAAGGAAAUGCAAAUUGAAGAGAUGGCAAAUUUUGAUUUCAAACUCAUUAUAUCAGAAAAUGAUGAGCGAGAUGAUUAUCUUUUGACUUUCUGAUAUUUUUGUGCCAAAGCUACCUAAAUUGUACUCUCUUUAUCCCAGCUUAUGUAACAUCUUCGCUCUUUAAAUAAUCAAAUAAACAUUUUCUUUUGAUUAUGUCAUAACUAAUGUUUAACCCAAAAUAGUUCCAGAGGAUAAAACACAAUUUGUUUUUAAGGAGGUCACUAUCAAGCGAUUGUCACACCACCCUUCCACACCUCCUAAGCUAAGAGCCGCCGGCCAUCUCCCUUACUACAAAAAAAUCAGCCGCCCACCUCCACCCUAAGCGAUCAGCUGCACCACCGAGCUGCUCCUUCUUCUGUCUUGAAACAGCAGAACUGCGCCGUCCCCCCGCUUUCUUCUCUCCUCUCACCUCAAUCUCCACAGACAAUACUCAGUCACCCUCUCACAUUUGAUGCAUUAUAGACGAAAUUAGAAUUUCUGAAAUUUAGAAACAAAGCUUCUGGAAAACAAGAAGAAAUAGGAUUUUUUUUUUGAGCUCUAAGUACUCGUUUCUGAUUUGCAAAAAAGGUUUGAAGUUGAUCUCGCUGCUUUGUUGUUGUUUCUGUGGCUGGAUUUGCCCCUCGAUUUUAGAACUCUAUUCGGUCAAAUUCGUUUGUUCUUGCUAUUAGUCACUGCUGCUCAGUUGAUUUUUUGAGACCGUCGCCGAUCGCCGUCGGAGGUUCGAUGUUCGAGGAGUAAUUUUUGUUGCUGUUUUCCCUUCCCUGUUCAAGUUCGUAUGCCGGAGAUUCAAGGUCCAUCUCUUCUAUCUCACUCUCUGCUUGAAAUGAAUUAAUGGUUGCUUGGUUGUCCGAUUCGUUAUCCUCUAUGUUAUUCAAUGUCAAAAUGGAUUUAAACUUGAUUUGCUAUCUGGUUCUUAUUUCUUU